GUAAUAUCUGCGCCUGGCUCCGCGGGUGCGGAGGGGAGGUUUGGGUUGCAGGCGGGAGGCAGCGGAGGGCUUUCCUCGGAGGGAGAUGCCGGUGACCCCCGUUAGAUGAAACCGCUCCUGAAACACUUGGCAUUUCUAACCGUUCGCGCAAGGCUCUGGAUUGACGUCACAAUGACACGGUGAAGCUGAAGACGGGAGCUAGGAACUGCUCUUCUGCCUCAGUUUUGAUAAGCUCAUGAAUUUGUCGACACUCCAUUCUUCCAGCAUGGCGAAGAGCGCAGAAGUGAAGCUGGCAAUCUUUGGUCGAGCUGGCGUGGGCAAAUCAGCUCUUGUUGUACGCUUCCUGACCAAACGGUUCAUCUGGGAGUAUGACCCGACACUAGAGUCUACGUAUCGUCACCAAGCUACCAUUGAUGAUGAAGUGGUUUCCAUGGAGAUACUAGACACAGCUGGUCAGGAGGAUGCUAUUCAGAAAGAAGGACAUGUCCGGUGGGGUGAAGGCUUUGUGCUGGUCUACGACAUCACGGACCGAGGCAGCUUUGAGGAAGUGCUGCCGCUUAAGAACUUGUUGGAUGAAGUUAAAAAACCAAAGAACGUCACUCUGAUCCUGGUGGGGAACAAAGCAGACCUGGAUCACUCCCGGCAGGUCAGCACAGAGGAAGGUGAAAAGCUGGCCACAGAACUAGCAUGUGCAUUUUAUGAGUGCUCUGCUUGCACAGGAGAAGGCAACAUUAUGGAGGCCUUCUAUGAGCUGUGUCGUGAGGUACGGCGUCGAAAGAUGGUGCAGGGCAAGACUCGGAGACGGAGCUCCACCACCCAUGUCAAGCAGGCUAUUAACAAGAUGCUUACAAAAAUCAGCAGCUAAAAAGAGCUGUACUAAGCCAGAGAAGCGUUAUAGAGCAUAUUAGCUUGGGGCAGGGAGGAAGCAAGCAGAACGCGUUUUACUAAAGGAUGGUCAAAGCUUUGCUAUUAAAAAAAUAGAAAAGACAAACCACACCACUGUCCUUUUUGAGUAACAUGGGUCAGCCUUUUUCCUGUUUCAAAAUGUAUUUAGCCACACUGCUUCCGGCUAACAUUAAAAAAACAAAACAAAACAAAAUCCAAAGGACUAGAUGAUUGUGGGGAUUGGCACUGACAGAACAUCUUCUGCUUCUACAAUGCUGGCUCCAAUUCCCCCAAGAUAGUAGUGCCUAAACACCAUUUCCAGCCAGCCAGCUACACAGUAGCCAUUGGGGAGUAAGACUCAGUUCUCAGUCCAGCAACAACCAUCACAACUGGUAUUCUCAAGGACUGAAUACACUUAGAAGCUGCUGUGUUGUAUCAGAAGAUUCAUCUGACACCUUUCACCAGCUCUAGAGUGGUGCAUUGUGUGCUUUUACUCCAAACUCUCCUUGCUUGUGGUAUUUUGUCAAAUCUGAGUGCCAGUGUAUGCAAGGUAUGCAAAAAAUAUAGAAAAGGUCUUUUUUAGACCCUAGAGUGUUUAGCCAGCAGGACACACAUUUGAAUAGGUCUGAACUUCAGUUGCUUUUCCAUAUCCUCUGAAACUAUCAGCUGGUCCAGUGGCAUUUCAGCAUUUUCCCCUCAAAGUGCAGUACUGCACUUGGGGGAACUGGAGUGUAUGUGCUGGGAAAUCAAACUAAACAGAUAACCAUAUUACUAUUGAUUUAGUUAUGGGUAGUUUAUAGCUUUUGUUUACAUUUUUGCUUUUGGUCUUACUUCAAUUCAAGUAGUUCCUCCUACUCUGUCUUUUACUGAAAAAGAAUUGAAACCACGGUAAAGGCAAGUAUUUAAAGUCCCAAAUGUAAAAAAGAUGGCAAUGGCCUUUACUGUAUCACAAGGCCAUAACUUCCAGCUGUUCAAACUUCCAGAUGUUGUUUGAAGCAAUCUGUGGUUUAAACCAGCACAGGGUUUUGUAAGUUUAUUUGGCACAUUCAAAUGAAAGUGUAUUUUAUCAGGUUUUGGUGCCUGAGAUGCAAAGCAUCCCGUUUUUUCUCCUCCUCCUCCUCCCUUGUGGCUCUUGUUUUAAGCCAGCUGUCAGGUUGUCCCUCAUGUCCUCGUGCCCACUUGGCUCGUUGACUGUAGUAUUGAGGCCUUCCUCGAGAAGAAGUAAUAGAUGCAAGAACCAGGACUGGGGAGACUUUCAGGUUAUGUCUCUUACCAGUAACGUUGGAAACCUUUAGGCAUCUCGGUGUGGCAUCAUGUGGAACCAUAACCAAAGGGUAGGAUGACACAUGGGGAUAUUAAUGGUAUUUUCCUUUGAAAAGCAGCUCUCAUAGCAAACCACUCACAACUGUUCUCCACUGCUUUGCACUUUGUAUGGUCAAUUUGCCUCUGUGAGGAAAGAAUGCCAAAAUUCUAUCAAAUACAAUUUGCCACAGAUGUAGGAGAGUGAGGAUACUUGAUUGCAUAGCGCUGUAUGCAGUUAUAGUAAGCCACAUAAAUGGUGGAACAGACUGGAUAAUCAAGCCUGCAUAUCCCUGUGAACAGAGAAAAGUUCUAACUUAGGUCUUCUCAACAGGAGGGACUUAAAGGUACUUCACUGAAGUAAAUUUCUUUAAACCAUUCUCUCACCCACAUCCCUAACCCAAUCAACAUUAAAGGACAUGACUUUCAAAUGUAUGUUUUAUUUGGGCUGCUAUUUAUUUUCUCUGUUUACCUCAGUCUAGAUAGUGAAAAUUCAUUCGCUCUUUUGGAAUCAGUGUCUGUGUUUUGGCCCCCGUAUUCAGGUAUGCUGCUGUACAUCAGCUACAGACACUGCAGUGGAAACCUCACUGUAUUGUUCUGGGUAGGAGGUUCUGGCAACAGAUGAAAUGUCACCAUCUCUGACACAUCUGUUCCCAAACUAUUGGUCACCUCUAACUUCUGUAAAAAGUCAGAUUUUGCCUUGUUAGUCCUGUUAGUAAUGCGGAAUCAAUACAAGUGUGAGAGAAUGAGCUAGUGCCUAUUAAUGCACCAAAAGUCAUUAGCUGAAGGCCUGAACUUGCAGUCACCUAUGUUAUAACAUCAGGAGCGACUGUGAGAGUUUGUUGAGGCACUAAGUCAUUCUGUUAUCUUUAAAAUCGGUGAUGUUGCUCAAAUCUGAAGCAAAAAAAAUCUUUACCUGUAAAUCCCAGAGCGGCAUACCUGACGAUGUAAGUCCUUAUGUCGGUAUUCUAAGCAACUGAUUUAUCUCUCUCUCUAGAACAACUAUUUUUUUCUCUAAAAUUCUGCCUUGAUUUUCAGAGUAGAGCUGCAUUUAAAAUACAAAAAAGUAAUAUAUGAAUUACAACAGAAAAUAAAUUAAUCAUAUUCAUACUGGGAGAGCUGAAAGGAAAGAGAAGCUCAGUUAUGGCCCUAAUAUUUUCCAAAAGAAUCUCAGCAAGUUACAUCUUUGCUUACACUAUCCGGUAUGGGGAAGUUAUAAAAUCCUGGUGAAAGAAAAUGUUCCACUGUGCAAACAUGACUUGUUACAUAAAGAACCUCUCAUAAAAAUAGUAACAUUCCUUUGCAAAGACUGAAUUUGGAAACUGCCGAAUAUGAUAAACAUUCAGGCAAAAAGGAGGCUUCUAUUUUGUGACCCUUCCUCCCGCACAAACACAGAUUUCUUUACUUAAUUGUUCAUUAAUUUUUUUUCCUCUGUGUAAUGGGCUGCUUGUCAAGUCAGUUAUAAUAUAGUAUAUUAUAAUUUGUUGAUGCAUACUACAUAGUAUUAAAUGCAAUCUAAUUUACUGUUGCUCACCAUGUUGCAAAAUAUUAUUAGCUAUGCUAUAAAAAUGUCCUAUUUCUACAAUGUACAAAUUGAGCCAAAAUGUGCUGAAGCAUUGAAAAGGCCAAAUGCAACAUAAACCCAAAUUAAGUAGCCUUUGCACAGCAGACAUGAACAGUUUAAAUUCUGUUUCUACUACUGCUAUUUAAAUGUACGCAUAUGACACACUAGUAUUAAAUUCCUCUCUUCUACCCUUUUUCAUUUGUGUGGAUAAAGGAUGAGAACAAAGAGAAAUAAAAAGGGGGAAGAAAGGUGAGGUGGACGCUUGUUUUCUACAACAAGUUGAUUGCCAUUUAUGAAGUUUUUAAAUAUUUAUCUUCAAUUGAUGAAGAGUUAGUCACGCCCAUGCUGCAAGACCUGGAUCAGGAACCAAAACUUCCCUAGAACUUUGAGAAUCUUCAUAUCUCGGGGUUCAGUGCAACUAAUGAUGGAAGUGAGGGUCAGCCAUUAAGUCUGCACUUGGAUCCAGACAAGUUGUCCCCAAACCUGGGGAUAGUUGCAUCUGGCAGUUUGCUACAAGGCUAUUUGUUUUUUAUAUAUAUAACUAUGUAUGCAUUUUUACAUUAAAAAAUAUGAAAGCUUGUGCUUGUAGAUAAUAUAUAAGAAAAUAUAAAAAUAAAGAUAAAAAUUAGUGCUAUCUGUACU